ACAAAUAAUAAAAGGUCAAAAGUAUGAGUCCACUAAACUCCACUAUGACCUUAAAUCAGGGAUACACUAACACCUAAAUUAGGGAUCCACUAAUUUAUGUUUUGUUCUUAUUCAGAAAGUGGUGCAAAUAAUUAAGAAUAGGAAAAUUUUCAUGAUUAGUGCAUUGAUGGAAUGCAACUAUAUAAAGGCCAUCAAAAUCCCCCUCACUGCUUGACAUACAGUCUUGUACACCAUCUGAGAGAGUUGAGUCAAGUGAGAGAAAAAUAAUUAGAAAGCUCAAGCAACAGCAGUAAGCAGAUCAGGCAAUCAUCAAACAAAUAACUAUGGCUGGAGCAACUCUACCCGUCACUCAAACCAUAACUAUUGAUGUUCCUUUGCUUAACGACGAUAAUCACAAAGAGUGGAAAGAUGCUAUUCUCCUACAUUUGGGAUUAUUAGAGUUAGAUUACGCUGUUCUGAAUGAGGAACCCUCCGAGGUUACUGCAGAAAGCACUGACGAAGCCAAGCAGCUUCGUGCACGAUGGGAGAGAUCCAAUCGGUUAUGUGUGCACCUCAUUAAGUCAAAAAUUUCGAGAGAAAUUCGUGGUUCCAUUGAGGAAAUUCAGAAAACCAAGCCUCUGCUCAAGGCCAUUGAUGAUCAAUUUGUUGACUCAAAGAAAUCAUCGGCAAGUACUCUAAUAAUGCGAUUUAUCAAUCUUCGUCUUACCACUGUUAAGGGCACGCGUAAACACAUCAUGCAAGUAAGGGAUAUUGCAGCUCAACUAAAGAAGCUGGAAAUCAUUUUACCAGAUACUUUUGUGGUGCAUUUUGCACUUAAUACCCUUCCUCAAGAAUAUAGCCCCUUUAAGAUUUCUUACAACACACAUAAAGUAGAUUGGUCUAUCAAUGAGUUGAUAACCAUGUGUGCACAAGAAGAACAAAGGCUUAUGACUGAGAUUGGGGAAAACGCUCUAAUGGCCACAACAAAGUAUAAAAGAAAAUCUGGAAAGUCCAAGGGAUCCACCGUAGCAACUAAGGGCAAACUGCCCCCAAAAGCUGACAUUAAGAAGAUACAGAAGUGUUUCUUUUGUAAAAAGAAGGGACACAUGAAGAAGGACUGUAUCAAAUUCAAGAAGUGGAUGUCCCAAAAGGGCUAUGACAAAUCUGAGACAGCCAACGGGAACUGAGUGUAGCAUCUUCUCUGGAAACAAGAUUGCAUCACCUGUAGAAGCUGUCGGAGUUUG